GUCAGGGAAGCUCGCAAAUUCGGAAGCCAAUCUCAUCUAUCUCAGAUAUCGAGGCGUAAAUCUAAAAGGAACGGUUUUGGAUGGGUACGGGCUGAAGUUUUGGGAGCCCUCGUGAACGGUGUGUUUCUGUUAGCGAUGUGUUUUGCGAUAUCGUUGGAAUCAAUUGGACGACUGAUUCAUUCACGACGCAUAACCCAUCCACUUCAGGUGUUGAUAGUGGGAUGUAUCGGCCUUUUUAUCAAUAUGAUUGGCAUCGGAAUGUUUCACGGAGGUCACGGGCAUUCGCAUGGUGGAGGAGGGCAUGGGCACAGUCAUGGAGAGAAACCAUCAAAGAACAAGGAAGAAAGCGUUUCUAUUGUCAAGAAGAACGAGGAAGAGACGAAGGAUGCAGACGAAGAUGAAUUUGACUCAGAUUCCGAUCCAGCCUUCGUGAACAGACCGGGUCGUUCUCGCAGUCGUAUUGGUCAGGAUUGCUCACACAAUCUCUCACUUCUUGUCGGAAGCGGAUCCAAACAACAUCUUGCGUUGAAAUUGGUCAAUCUCGAUGAAAACGCAGAAAUUGAAGAAUUCACCGAUAGUGAAGCAGCGAGACGCAAGCAGAAGCUAGCCAAUGCUCAAAACCUGAAUAUGCGAGGUGUGUUUCUUCACAUACUAUCCGAUGCUAUUGGAUCAGUUUUCGUCAUUAUAACGGCGUCUCUUGCAUUAUUUUUCCCAAACUCUCUUGGAGCUCUCAACGAUUAUUUGGAUCCUGCUCUGAGUCUCACUUUGGUGACGCUAAUAUGUUUUUCUGCGUAUUCCCUUGUGAGGGAGACUGCUAGUAUAAUACUUCGCAGACCGCCAGCUUUUAUAGACAUGGAUGAUAUCAAGGCCGAUAUAAUCAAGAUAAGAGGAGUAGCGGGUGUUCAAAGCAUGUGUGCUUGGACCCUUGUCGGGAAUCGUCAUCUGGCAACAGCUGAUAUCGAGUUCUGCACACCAGCCUCUUUCGACUCGGCUGCUCCUAAGAUUCGUAAAGUUUUCCACAAAUAUGGAAUCCAUUCGUUGACAAUACAGCCUAUCUUUUCUUCUAGCACUUGUUCUCACGUCAAUCCAUUACCGGUUCAUACACUAGAUGUUAUAAAGGAAGAUAUGAAUAGUAGCAUAGAUACGGUAAGUCAUGUUUUAUAA